AUGGAGCAACCCCCUAGUUAUGUCGACCCUCGCUUUCCUGGCCAUGUAUGCAAGCUCAAGAAAGCUCUUUAUGGACUAAAGCAAGCACCUCGUGCCUGGUUCCACCGCUUCAGUUCCUUUCUACUUAAGCUUGGGUUUUCUUGCAGUCGUGCUGAUACCUCUUUAUUUGUUCUUCAUCGUCAGAAGCACCUUAUUUAUCUCCUCUUAUAUGUGGAUGAUAUUAUUAUCACUGGCAGUGAUCACUCUCUUCUUCGUGCCUUCAUCUGUCAGCUUCAUGCCGAGUUUGCCACGAAGGAUUUGGGUUCCCUUAGUUACUUUCUUGGUCUUGAGGUCACCACUACCUCCGACCGUCUCUUUCUCAGCCAGACCAAGUAUGCACGUGACAUCCUUGCUCGAGCUCAGCUUUUGGACUGCAAACCUGUCACCACUCCCAUGGUUGUUGGACAGCGUCUCUCCUCUGAUGUCACUCUUUAUCGUUCUCUUGUUGGUGCAUUACAAUACCUAACUAUCACCAGGCCUGAUCUUGCUCACUUCGUCAACUCAGUCAGUCAGUUCUUGCAUGCUCCUACUGCGGAUCAUUUUCAGGCGGUUAAGCGAAUUCUUCGUUAUGUCAAGGGCACUCUUCACCUCGGUCUCUCCUUCACAGCCUCUGCCUCCGCCAAUAUUACUGCUUACUCUGAUGCUGAUUGGGCCGGUUGUCCAGAUACUCGUCGCUCCACGUCAGGAUAUUCCAUCUAUCUUGGCAACAAUCUUGUCUCGUGGAGUGCGAAGAAACAGCCUACUGUCUCUCGGUUUAGCUGUGAAUCCGAAUAUCGUGCCCUUGCCGCCACUGCUGCUGAGGUUCUUUGGUUACAACAUCUUCUUCGAGACUUGCAUGUCACUUCAUCUGCUUCACCUCUUCUACUUUGUGACAACAAGAGUGCCAUAUUCCUUAGCUCUAAUCCGGUUUCUCACAAGCGCUCGAAACAUAUUGAUUUGGAUUAUCAUUUUCUUCGUGAACUUGUUGUUGCCGGCACCAUCCGCACCCAGCAUGUUCCCUCUUCCUUACAGAUUGCUGAUAUUUUCACCAAGAGUGUCUCUCGACCACUCUUCCUCCUCUUUCGCUCCAAGCUUUGCGUGUGCUUCAAUCCCUCGCUUAGCUUGAGGGGGGGUGUUGAGGAUACUCCCGAAUCCUCUCCUAAUGAUUAG